AUGGAAUCCUCAAAUGGAAAUACUCCUUUGUCGGAGGACAUGAACAAGCCUCCUGAGGGCUUGGUCCGCCCUCCCAAAGAUAUUCAAGCUAUCGUGGAGAAGACCGCCGGAUACGUUGCUCGGAAUGGACCAGUCUUCGAGGACCGUGUCCGUGAUAAAGAAAAAAACAACCCGAAAUUCUCCUUCCUCAACGCCGGAGAUGCCUACGCGCCCUUUUAUCAAUGGCGUCUAACCGAAAUCAAGGAUGGCCGAGGAACGUCAAUUGCUGCGGGACGAGCGGGCGAGGCCACUCCUGCCGCCGAACCUGAAAAGCCCCAGGGCCCUCCCGAGCCACCUGCGUUUCAUUUUUCUGCGCGCAUGCCAAUUAGCCAUGCGCAGGAUCUUGAGGUCGUCAAACUCACCGCACUCUUCGUUGCCAAACGAGGCAAGUCGUGGUUGACCGCACUUUCACAACGGGAGGCCCGCAACCCUCAGUUUGAAUUCCUACGACCCUUCAAUAGUCUCCACCAAUUCUUCACUCGGCUGGUCGAUCAAUACACUAUUUUGCUGCGAUCAGAAGGCAUCGACGAGGCAACUACAGAGCAGAAGCGCAUUGCCGAAUUGGAGAACAGUGUCAAGAACAAGUACCAUGUUCUAGAGCGCGCCAAGCAGCGCGCCGAUUGGGUGAAGCACCAGGAGCUACAGAAGCAAGAGAAGGAGGAAUUAGAGGAACAAGAGCGGAUUGAAUAUGCGCAAAUUGACUGGCAUGACUUUGUGGUCGUGGAGACGGUUGUGUUCACCGAUAGCGACGAGCAAGAUGAUUUGCCUCCCCCGACAUCGCUCAAUGACCUGCAGUCCGCUUCCUUGGAGCAGAAAGCCGCCAUGUCUCUUAACCCGCUGCGUAUCGAAGAGGCCAUGCCCACUGAUCUCGAUGCGCCCACCUACUACAAUGCUUCUCCGGCCCAACCCCAGCCGGGUUUCGCACCCCAACCUUCCGCUUCCCCAUACCCAGCACAAUUCCAAAACCCAUACCCGCAGCCCGCCGUGGAUUAUAAUGCACAGUACCCGCGCCCAUUACCGAUCCAAGCACAGCAAGCUCGCCCUGAAGUUCCCGCCCCAGCUGUCCCGGGUCAACCCCCUAUGCGCAUCCGUCAGGACUACGUUCCACGCGCCCAGGCCCGUCGCCAGCAAGGUGCCACAGCAAUUUGCCCCAACUGUCACCAGCAAAUUCCCGUUGCAGAGUUGGAUGAGCACGUUCGUAUCGAGCUUCUUGACCCACGCUGGAAGGAACAGCGCGCCAAGCAAGAUGCGCGCAGUGCUACAACCAAUCUUUCUACUGCUGAUGUGGUCAACAAUCUCAAGCGACUGGCCAGCCAACGCAGCGAUGUCUUUGAUUCUUCACUUCAACCUGGUAUGGAUACUGAGGAAGAGGCUCGUCGCAAGCGCAUGGCUCUUGGCCUACCAGAUGGCCCGCUCCCUCCUGGCGUCUCUGCACCUCCCGGUCUACCGAUCGGUCCCCCCGGUGUGCAUACCCCCCAAAAUAUGAACAUCGAAGACCAGAUCCGACACAUCCAUCAACGGGCUCGGCAAUGA